UGGAAGAGAAAUAUAAUGAACUGAAAACACUUGUGACUGUUAUAAUAUUGUGGUAUGUCAUAUUAUAUUUAGGAAUGGGAUUUUCGAAUCUUGGAUUCGUCGAAUAUACCGAAUCCUAUGGAUUCGAGGAUUCGUAGGAUCCGAGGUGGGAUUCGAGGUAGGAUUCGAGGUGGGUUUUUAAGAGUUUUAGGUAGUAAUUGAAAAUUGUAGUGCUGGGCGAAGUUAGAAAACUUCGAACCGAACCAUUACGUUCGGUUCGGUUCGAAACCUCUUAAAAUAUAUUCGUAAAACCGAACGUUCGUUUAAAAAAAAUUACGUUUUUCUAAUUUUCUAACCCCCAUUUGAGACCAUUCACAAAACAGCACAACAAAAUUCCAUUACUUGUAAUAUUCCGACUUUUAUCGCAUUAUCGUCGCCUCAACAGUUUCAAUCGCAGACAAAAUAAAAUAAAAAUUUAUUAAUCGUCGCAUAACUCCCAUAGCAUUUUUUCAUAUAGGCGCGCUUUGUUUUUUGUUUACUUUAGAGAAUUUUGUAUGCAUUUCUCGUACUACGUAAUAUAAACUAUCGUACAAAUGCCAAAGGUAUUGUAUAUUAUACCUUUAACUAUAGUGCGUGUACGAGAAGUGUUGUAAAAUCACCAAAGAUUGCGUACCCCAUACGUUAAACUAAAGCGCAUGUACGAGAACUCUCGUAUUUUGGCAAAACUAACGUGAUCAAGUUAAUACAAGACAAAUGCGGUAGGAAAUGAUUACGUAAAUUACGUAUUUUAAAUUACUGGGAUGUAUUUAUUUUCUUUGGCCUUUUUGGUUAUAACUAGCAGGUACUGAAAAUAUUAAUUUAAUCUUCUGUAUUAAAAGUACUGGUCCAGUAAAUUUUACAGUAGGGUACUAAGGUGACUAGCGUAGUCGCGGCAACCAUCAUUAUUUCUCGUGUUUUCUUUUUUCCGACGCAAAUUUCUAUAACCACACUUCUUACGUUACGUUUACAAUAUUAUUGUUCUUGAGGUGAUUUGCGAUGAGCAGGCUUACGUCGUUUAAGUUUUCCAAUUGAAGAAAAGAUAAUGACGACCCAGAUGACCCAGAACCACCCCAAAACAUGUCUCAAGUUUCAUCUGACGAGCAGCAUUCUUCAAAGAAAACAGCAACUGCAGUCAGCGGGUUUUGUAACGUAGAUAGGACGCGGACGGCAAGGAGCUGGGGCGUGCUGCUCGCGUCAACACGGCGGUCCUGGAGACGGGCAGUCGUCUCAGCGUGGGCGGCAAAGAGGUGGAGCUGGUGGACGAAAUGGGCUCUGGGCGCCCGGAGUCGCCCCGCCACCGUCCCGAGCAGGCCCCGGAGAGUAACGGUCCCCCGAGUGCCAAGAGGGCGCGGCCGGCUGUACCUGAGCCGCUUGUCAUGCCGCUGCCAUCCCAGGAGCACCAGUGGCGCUUCAAUGUGACGCGGGCACCGGUGGCUACAGUGAGCGUGGACCGGCGACUGUGUGCAGCACUGCGACCACACCAGCGUGAAGGUGUCCUGUUCCUGUACGAGUGCGUGACGGGCAUGAGGCGGCCGUGCCACCACGGCGCCGUGCUGGCAGACGAGAUGGGGCUGGGCAAGACUCUGCAGGCCAUCGCCCUGACCUGGACGCUGUUGAGGCAGGGGCCGUACGGGCACGCCGAGGUGCGUCGCGUGCUGGUGGUGACGCCCAGCAGCCUCGUCACCAACUGGCAGCGCGAGUUCCAGCGCUGGCUGCCGCAGCCCCGACCCCUGGCCUUCGCUGUUGACCAGAGCCACAAGGUGGAAGAGUUUGCCAGCCUGUCUCACUGGCCUGUCAUGAUCAUCUCGUACGAGAGGUUCGUGCGCAGCUUCGAGCAGGUUUGUGGCAUUCAGUUCGAUCUGCUGAUCUGCGACGAAGCCCACCGCCUCAAGAACGACUCCGUCAAGGCGUCCGUCCUGCUGUCCGAGCUGGGGUGUGCACGUCGUGUGCUGCUGACGGGGACGCCCAUCCAGAACCACCUGCAGGAGUUCUACACCAUCGUAAGCCUGGCAAGUCCUGGGGUGCUGGGUCCUUCUCGAGAGUUCCAGCGACGGUUUGAGCGCGUGAUAGCGGCAGGGCGGCAGCCACAUGCGACUGCCGAGGAGCGUGCUGCGGCAGAGGAGCGUGCGGCCGAGUUGGGGCGCCUCACUAGCUGGUUCAUCCUUCGCCGCACCCAGGACGUGGUGCGCCGCUACCUGCUGGCAAAGCACGAGGCCGUGCUGUUCUGCGCGCCCGCCCCCGUUCAGACACGCGUAUACCAGGAAGUGGUGCGGCUGUGGGCAGACAUGCAGGACAGACCCGCGCACCUUGAGGUCAUCACGGCGCUCAGGAAGACGUGCAACCACCCAUGCCUGCUGGCGCCCAGCAGAGACACGCCCACGUCUCCCUGGCAGGAGCGGGUGUGGCACAGCGUGUGUCCUCUACUGGAGGGUGUGCAGAGUGCACAGGAGCACAGCGGCAAGCUGCAGGUGUUGGCGGGCCUGCUGGAGGCCCUGCACCGCGCCGGGGAGAAGCUCGUGCUGGUGUCUGGGUACACACAGACUCUGGACCUGCUGGCAGGCGUGUGUGACAGGCAGCGGCUGGGGUUCUGUCGUCUGGACGGCUCCACGCCCAGCGACCAGAGGCAGCACAUAGUCGAUGCCUUCAACCAUCCUGCCUCCUCGCAUGGCCUUCACAGAGUGCAGCUCAAAGUCCACCUUCCCGUAGUCAGGCCUCGCAGCGACCGAGGUGGUUGUAGAGGACGGAUGUGCAGGCGAGCUGUGGUGUCGCCAGGCGUGUUCCUGCUGAGCGCACGUGCGGGAGGCGAGGGGCUCAACCUGACAGGGGCGUCACGCCUAGUGCUGUAUGACUGUGACUGGAACCCAGCCACGGACCGGCAAGCCAUGGCUCGUGUGUGGCGUGACGGCCAGACACGUCCCGUGCACCUCUACAGGCUGCUGACGACAGGCACAAUCGAGGAGAAGAUGUUCCAGCGACAGAUGAGCAAGACGGGCCUGGGGGAGGCUGUGGUGGACCCAGGUGGGCCGGGGGUCGUGCGCCUGUCCGACCGCGAGCUCAAGGACCUGUUCACGCUGGGGACUGGCCCGUGCUCCACGCAUGCCCUGUUGCGGUGUGGUUGCGAGGGGCACGGCCUGCCAGUCAUCGCUGAUUCGCCCUCCCCCGAUGCCAGAGACUGCCAGCUGGGGGCGGGGCCUGCACCGCCAGCUCCUGGCAUCGACCAGCUGGGACGCUGGCAGCACCUCGCGCCACCUUUCUCCCCCGCGCUGCUGCAGGAGAUGGCUCUGAGCGGCACUGCUGAACACAUCACCUUCAUGUUCCGCAGUUCGACUGAGGAUGCAUGAUGCCGUUGGCUCCAUGGAACCACACACCAAUCUAUGUUGUUCAUUUCAAAAUUAUAUUCUGUCGAGUGGCAUGAGCAGAUGCUUAGCCUAAAUCUCUACCAUCUGCCUACCAUCCAUUUCUUAGACUUGUCAUUGGUCCAUUUAGUGUGAUUUGGUUCAGAAACUGAGCUAUUUACAAGCCAUCAUCACUCAAAGGUGUUACUUAUUCAAAUCACACUGAGAGGAAAUAGCAUGUAAACAAACACACAACCAUUUAUUGAGUAGGUACAUGACUGAGUAGUCUAUCCUAAAAAAGUGCAUUGCAAUGUAAAAUUAUAGGAUAUGUUUUUAGUUAUUAUUGGCUGUUAUUUAUAUAAUGUGUGUGCUUUUAAAUUUUUUAAAUGUUAAUCAUACUUGUGUUAAAUUAAAAUUAAAGAAAGUAAAUAAUUCAGUCGCCUUUAUUGACCAUUAACAAAAACUUAUAAGAUACUUAAAUUGUAUGAAAAUGGAUACCAGUGGAGCCUAGCUGCAAGUCUAUCUGGGCACAGGUACGUAUGGGCAGUGUUGUCGGUCGAGUGAUGCAGCCUGUGAUAUGUGAUGUAGCUUGUUGAAAUAAAACAGUGUUAGCAUUAUUGCUGCACGUGCGUGCAAGGGUAUAUACCUGCCACUCGAGUGGACAGCAUGUGCAGAUGCGGCAGGAUUGUUCCAAGCCAGUCGUGAAAAGGGUGAGAGCAGUUUAUGGUCAGAUUGCUGCCAGCUGUGAACACUACCUACUUAGUGCUUUGUGCAUUGUACGAUACUGAACUUGAACCAGUGUGAACCUAAUUGACGAUGUACAAACAUCUUGAGAGAGUGGGACAACAUGAAGUUGAUAACUUGAGGUUUACGAUCAUAUUGUGAAGUUAUGGUAUUUUGAUGUUCUACCUCAUGUAAAUCUAUUUACCGAUUGUAAACAAAAAUAUUUAUAUAUAUUUUUUUCAUGUACUUAAUAA